ACCUCCAAAAAAAAUAUGGUUCACAAAGUUCAACAACUUAGCGGCUCUGUUGUACAACUUAGACGUAAGCAUCAUCAACACAUAUCCAAAAUUUGCGCAACAACAAAAUGUCCACCAGAGUUAAAGACCAAUGAUAUGAAAAUGAUAAUUAAUAAGUUAAUUUGUCAAAAUAAGAAAGAAUAUAACAUAGGUUUUAUGAAACUUACCACCAGGGUUUCUCAAAUAAAUCAAAUAUCGUUCAAUACUGCGGCAGAAAGUAUCAACACAAUUUUUAAUUUUUUAACUGGAGACGAUACCCAAUCUUGGACUUCAACUACAACAAUGAGGCGUUGGCAUCAUGAAUUAUCAGAAUCUUAUGUAAGAAAUAUAUUUCAACAAGCUAACCAGUCAAACUAUUUUACUUUUGGAAUUAUGACCAACGAAUCAGGUCGAGGUGAAAAAAAAAUACUUGUUGAAUGUUUUAUGUUCUGGAAUUCAGAAAAAAAUAUGCCCAAUACCGUGCUUUUGGAAACUAAAGAUCUUAUACGAUGCAAUUCGGAUACCAUUAGCCAGGCUCUU